UUGUGUAUUUUGUGCAAUAAAACUUUGUCAGUGUAUAUUCGAAAAUCUAAUCAUCAAUAAUAAUUGUUAAAUAAAUAUUUACUGCUCCUAUAUCAAUCUAAUAUUGUGAUUUAUAUUAUUUACUUAUCACUUAUCUCUUUUGUACCUAUUCUCUAUUUAUCUAGUGCACAAUAUUACCAGGUAGAAUAAUGCAGGUUUUAUUAUUUAUUUCUGUUUGUAUUUCCAUCGCGUAUGCACACGAAAUAAACCCUUUGGCAUAUACUGCAUAUGGUUACUUAAAAAGAUUCGGGAUCCCCGAAUAUGAAAGAAUUCAUAAAGCUGAAGAUGCAAUCGUAAAUAAUAAUAGCUCUAGAAUCACUGGAGGAGUUCCUGCUGCUAUUGGACAAUACCCUUAUCAGGUUGGACUAAUAACUGAAAUAAUUGACACUACCGACAAAGCAAUUUGUGGUGGUUCGCUUAUCAGCGCAAACAGAGUGCUUACAGCUGCACACUGCUGGAAUGAUGGAGAGCAACAAGCAUGGAGGUUCACUGUCGUUCUUGGUUCCACUUAUCUUUUCAAAGACGGUACUAGAAUCAAAAGUAGUGCCGUUCAAGUACAUCCUUUGUGGGUACCAUACUUGAUUCGAAACGAUAUCGCUGUUAUUUUCUUGCCAAAAGCUCUUAAAUUUUCUGAUACCAUAUCACCAAUUGCUUUACCUACUAAGGGAGACUCUGAGGAUUAUGAUGGAUUAUCAGCCAUUGCAACUGGCUUUGGAAUAACAUUUGAUCGUGAAAACGUCACUGAAAAUCAAUCCCUCCAACACGUGCGCCUGAACAUCAUGACAAAUUUUAUAUGCUCUUUGGCCUACCCGUUCCUCAUCAGAGACUCCAAUAUUUGCACCAACAGCUUCGGAGGAUAUAGCACGUGUAGGGGGGACUCUGGUGGGCCACUCGUCAUUGAUACUAACAACGGACGCAUCUUGAUCGGAAUAACAUCAUUUGGAUCUGCAAUCGGGUGCGAAUUUGGUCUUCCCGCGGUCUUUACAAGAGUAUCAUCAUAUUUAGAUUUCAUUAGUGAAAACACGUUAUAA